AUGGGGAGGAAGAAGCAAACACCCGCUCCCAAGGCGGGGGAACCGACUACAUCAGCCGCACCCGCCGCCCAAGCCACUGGAGCAGAUCCUCCGGCUCCAAAGGCAGGUGCAGCAGCUCCCACAUCGCCUCCGACAGUGCCUGACGAACCAAACUCUGCUGGACUUCACCAAGCUGAGGAUCGCGGGCGACGAGCUGCCGACCCUGCAGGGCGAGGUGGAGCUGCUCCAACACCGUCGCGAGGCGCGUCACGCAACACCCGACAUGGGACAGACGCUCCCCGCGCUCCUGAUACUCUACUUCACCAGGUGGCUCCCCCCAUCGGCGGCCCCACUGGGGUUGUCGAGGAGCGUCGGGCCAGCCGAGAUUCCACCACUCCAACUGAUGGUCCCGCGCAGCCCCAGGCCUCUCAAGCUCAUCCCACCCGCGAUAACUCCCGUCUGGCUGCGACGACACCUGGAAACACAUCGAAUCAAAGGGUGAGUGACGGGCAGGGAGAGAACAACCGCGGAUUGGGAAUGGACACACGGGAGGAGGAGCUGACACCAGCGGGAAAGGGCGCGUCAGGGGGAAGAUUGGGCAAAGAAGGAAGGGGAGAAAGGACACCAACGACCGGGACGGAGGAGGAAGCCUCACCAGACCAAAGCGUGCAGCAGGGGAAUGGGAACGAGGAACAAGGGGAUGCUGUCGGCGAGGAGGCUGGACAAGAGGAGCAGGGGGAGGCGCCGCGGGAGGAGGAGGCUGUGCAGCCGGAAGAGGGGGCGCCGCUGAGCCCACAGGCGCCAACGAGAUCAUCAGUGUGGGAGGAGGAGGGGGGGGCAGAACUGACUGCGGUGGCGGGGCCGGGGGUGGAGGAGGCGGCUGCAACGAGGCAUGUUGAGUCGGCGCAGGAAGUUGCUGCUGCACAGCCUGAGCAAGGGGAGACCGGAACGGCCUCGGCCGCCACGGCUGAUGGCGAGGAUGGCGAGGCGGGCGGAACUGCUGCCCGCGAGGUCGCAGAGAGGGAUAGGCACGACCUGGCGGAGGGUGAAACGCAGGCGCAAGGGAAUCAGGCGGACCACGCUGCGCGGGCCCCAAACCGCCGCUCGCUUCAGCUUCAACCAGGUCGGCGGUGGCUCGGAGCAGGGCUGACACCUGGCCGCCCUGGGCCUCUGUGGGGAUGGGACCGGCAGUUCGGCCAAGAACAACCUCGCGGCGAGGGGCCUUCCGGUACUUGCCCGUCAUCGUCGAGAGAGGCAAGAACAGCAGCGACGGCAGGAGACAGGGCCGCGGGACCACGAGGGACGGCGACACACGGCGAAGGGGAGGACCGGGAACUGCCAGGAGCAGAGGAGCAACCGCAAGAGCCGAUAGCCACGGACCGCGAGCAGGGACCGCCGAAUGCGGCGGGCAGAGCGCGAGGGCAAGGGCGAGGGCGAGGGCGAGGAGGACGCCGAGGGCGAGGGCGCAGGGGGGGGGCGGCGAUCAACGCCCGCGAAAGGGUGAGAUCCGGGCCUUGGCGGGAAAGGCACGGGAGACCUGAGAGGGUGUCAGAAGAGACGAACGCUGAUAGGCCCGAAGGUGCUGACAGUGAGGAGGACGACGAGGCCUAUAUGGCCUCGGAGGAGGGUGAGUCAGAGGAGGUGUCGCUCGACGAUGAGCCUGAGGUGGGCAACCACCAUGCACCAACGAGAUCUGGGAGACCUCAACAGGGGGAAAACGGGAGGGCGGAGGGAGAGCAAAACAAUGUGGGGCCAGCACCAGAGGAGCGGGUUGGUCAACAAGCGGGCGAAGACAUGGGCGAGAUGCGUACCCCCGAGAUCAUUGCUGGCGACGAGGCCACCUGGCGGAAGGUGGAAGAGUGGGACGUGGACUGCCUGCGAGGCAGCGACCAGUCGUUACUAGCACAGAGACUGCCACCCAAAAUGGCAGAUUCAUUCGCGGCAUGUCUAGUCAUCCCGGUGCAGCGACUGAAAAAGAACCCCACGUGCCAGGAUACUUCUCUUCCUGCCACGUUUGACCCUCCGCGCCAAUGUGGACCCCAACACGGGAAAUCACUGGCUGGAGAUUGA